GUGACGGAUGUCAUGGUCGCGGGACUGAAUCUCUAACCAAACUUUCGUUUUACUCUGCACACCCAGUGAUUAUGGCGACGUUUUUCGGUGAAGUUUUGUCGGUGUAUUCUCGGGCCGUGGAGGAAGAUGACGAGGACCUCGAUGAAAACGAGGAAGAUGAACAAAUCCGCAGAGAACUGGAGGAAAAGAGGGAGGUUCAUCUGCACUGGAGCCCCGAAGUCUCCGAGUCGCUCAAGUCUGGAACCAAGCUGCAGUGUUCAGACUUCGUCCUCGCUGUGGGACACAACGCUGCCAGGUUUCUGUCAGUGUACGUCCUCACCUCCGCAGGCUGGGACACAGUGGGACAUGCAUCCGUGUGGAACGAGAGGAGCCGGCCUGGACAGACCGGCGAGGAGUCAGCUUGUGUUUUCUACAGACAGAAGGACAACCCGUCAGUUUUGAUUUGCCAAGUGACGUGCUACGUUGCAGAGGACCAGCUUCAUCAGUGGACAGAAAAGGUUUUUGACUGCGUGCAGCACAGAGAGCUGAACGUGACUGUGCUGUCAGACAGCUCCGUGGCCGAGUUCAAGUCGGCCGACUAUCUGUGCUGCAGCUCGGCUCCCUUCCUGCGCUCUCUCCACACCGGGGCUUUCAGCGGUCAGCCUGGCUGCCGGUCGCUGGAGCAGCCCAACAUAGUGACUGGACUUCCAGCUGCAGUACUGAACCACUGCGAGGUCCACCGCAUCGCCGCUGUGGUUUACCAGUGUUACAGUGAUGUCAUCGGCCCGGACUCUGUCACCAUGGAGACCUACAAGCCCGCACUAACCAAACUGGGCAAGUCCAUACAGUUGGACUCGUCUCCGAGCACAGACGUCCUCCGCAAGUUUGUCACAACCACCAACAUUCAGAGUAAUCUGUAUAUCUGAAAAUGGACAUGUUGUACACUGUGCAGUGCAAUUGAACUCUAUUUUCCUGUGGUAAAAUACUGUUGUUUUUAAUAAAGAAAUUAAGUA